UCAUAAUGAUGUACUACUUCUAAUUUUCCAACAAUUUCAUCAAAUACAUAAAAACACCCCAAUAAUAUCUCAAAAAAAUUUAAAAAAUAAAAAUGAGAGGGGAAACAGUGACAUUAAUACUAGUGAACUUGGCGGGAAUAAUGGAAAGAGCAGAUGAAUCAUUGUUACCUGGAGUAUAUAAAGAAGUGGGUCAAGAAUUACAUGCUGACCCGACCCGUUUGGGUUCAUUGACCCUUUUUAGAUCCAUGGUUCAAGCUGCUUGUUUCCCACUUGCUGCUUACUUGGCUGUUAGACAUAACAGGGCUCAUAUUAUUGCUUAUGGUGCUUUUUUAUGGGCUGCUGCCACUUUUCUUGUUGGCUUUUCUUCUUCUUUUCUUCAGGUCGCAAUAUCUAGAGGUUUGAAUGGUAUCGGCCUUGCAAUAGUUGGACCAGCAAUCCAAUCUUUAGUAGCCGAUUCAACCAAUGAUGAUAACCGUGGUAUGGCUUUUGGAUGGCUGCAGCUAACCAGUAACCUUGGUUCAAUCCUUGGUGGACUACUUUCAGUAUUAAUAGCAUCUACCACGUUUAUGGGAAUUGCUGGUUGGCGGAUUGCGUUUCAUCUUGUUGGAAUCAUCAGUGUAGUUGUUGGGAUAUUGAUGCGCCUGUUUGCUGAUGACCCACGCUUCGCAAAAGGUAUAGAAUCAGAAACGGUCGUAGAAAGUCAAACUUUAUGGUCAGAAGUCAAAUAUUUGAUGCGGGAAGCGAAAUCGGUUGUGAAGAUUCAGUCUUUUCAAAUUAUAGUUGCACAAGGUGUCACUGGUUCGUUUCCAUGGUCAGCAUUGUCAUUUGCUCCUAUGUGGUUGGAACUCACGGGUUUUUCUCAUAAAAUCACGGCUGUCUUGAUAUCUUUAUUUGUGAUUGGUAAUUCUCUUGGCGGUUUGUUUGGAGGAUGGGCUGGUGAUAUCUUGUCAAAGCGGUUUCCUAGUUCAGGGAGGAUUGUUCUAUCACAAAUCAGCUCGGCGUCUGCUAUUCCAUUAGGAGCGUUGCUUUUGCUGGCAUUAAAGGAUGAUCCAUCCGCUUUGUUUUCUCACGCUAUUAUGUUGUUUGUGACAGGCUUUUUCAUUUCAUGGAAUGCUGCAGCUACAAACAAUCCUAUUUUUGCAGAGAUUGUUCCGGAGAAAUCACGAACUACCAUUUACGCAUUAGACCGAUCGUUUGAAUCAAUACUAGCUUCAACUGCUCCUCCUAUAGUUGGCUUGCUGGCCCAACAUGUUUAUGGUUACAUACCAAUUGAGAAAGGUUCUGAAAGUAUUGCAACAGAUCGAGGUAAUGCGACAUCAUUGGCUAAAGCACUAUAUGUCUCAAUCGGGAUUCCCAUGGCAUUGUGUUGCUUUAUCUACUCCUUUUUGUACAAAACCUACCCAAGAGACAGGGAACGGGCCCGAAUGGAAGCUCUUAUAGAAGCUGAAAUGGAAACAUUGGAUGAACAAAAAUCCAGGUAUGGGUUUGAUGAUGAUAGAAUGAGUAUGGAGAUGGAAUAUGAUGUUGGAGAAGACUCGGUUGGGUUAGAUGAAAGUGAUGAGAAGGCGUUGCUUUAUAGGCAGCUGACAUUUGCAGAUAUGGCGGUAUAGAUGUUAUACAACAACCAUAGUAAGGUUGUCAGAUUUUUACGGGUUUGAGGUAGUUAUACAUAUCUCAAAACAAUUAUCAUAAUAUACUUCAUAGCCCUCAGGUAUAGAAAAAUUAACCAGUUGGAUAGAAAAGUGAACAGCCUUUUUGUCCCGUCACAGUUUUGGUAUAUCUUUCAUAUUUAGGCCAGAUAUUGGCUGAAGUAUUUACAAUUGAAAUGAUUUUGACGUUUUAUCAAA